AUGGCCGACUACCCUGCCGCUGGUGUUACCGGUGCGCCCGGCAACGGGCCCAACGUCAACGGCUCUGGUGACCCUGGGUUCGCGUCUCCCUCCCAGAUGCCCGCCCCCAGCGAGGCGGCGAAGACUCUGUGGAUGGGUGAGAUGGAGCCCUGGAUGGAUGAAAACUUCAUCAAGAAUGUUUUUAGCAACACCUCGGCCGAGAAUGUCCAGGUGAAGGUCAUUCGUGACCGCAACUCUGGCAAUGCUGGCUACUGCUUUGUGGAGUUCUCGACCCCUGAGGCUGCCCAGAAGGCCCUCGCCUUGAAUGGCACUCCCGUUCCCAACAGCCAACGGGUUUUUAAGCUCAACUGGGCUAGUGGUGGUGGCUUGGUCGAUCGUCGUGAUGACCGCGGACCUGAGUACUCUAUUUUCGUCGGUGACCUUGGCCCUGAGGUCAACGAGUUCGUCUUGGUUUCUCUUUUCCAGAGCCGCUUCCCCUCUUGCAAGUCCGCCAAGAUCAUGACCGACGCCAUGACCGGCCAGUCGCGCGGUUACGGCUUCGUUCGCUUCAGCGACGAGAGCGACCAGCAGCGUGCCUUGGUCGAGAUGCAGGGUGUUUACUGUGGCAACCGUCCCAUGCGCAUCUCUACUGCCACCCCCAAGACUCGGUAUAUGAUGCCCCCUGUCCCCGGCGCCCAGGCCCCUAUGUGGGGUGGUGUCCCUCCCUACGGCUACGCCCAACCCGCUGCCCCUUUUAAUCCUAUGCAGCCCAUGAAUCAGUUCACCGACCCGAACAACACCACCGUCUUCGUCGGUGGUCUCUCCGGCUACGUCACUGAAGACGAGCUUCGCUCGUUCUUCCAAGGCUUUGGUGAAAUCACCUACGUCAAGAUCCCUCCUGGAAAGGGCUGCGGUUUUGUCCAAUUCGUCCAUCGCCACGCCGCGGAGAUGGCAAUUAAUCAGAUGCAAGGUUACCCGAUCGGUAAUUCUCGCGUCCGCCUCUCUUGGGGCCGUUCUCAGAACAACUCUGGUGUAGGCACUCCUUAUCGCCCUGCCCCGCCCCCUCCUCACUAUCUUGCUGCCGCUGGCAUGCCUCCCCACGCCGGUCCUGGUGGCGCUUACGGCGGACCUGCUGGUCCCUACGGUGGCAACCCUCCCCAGGGUCCUCCUCCCUCUGGUGGUCCCAUGCAGUAA